AUGUCUAACGACCCGGUCAACAAGCAAAGAGAGGCCGCAGCACCCUUUUGGGAUGGCGAACCAGACAGCAGGCCAGAACACUCGCCUUACGCCAGUCAAAGUGUCGAGCUUACUUCCCGAAGCGUCGCGACAGACUGUUUCUCUUCGUCGUUACGCGGCCUUCACUUGGACGAUAUCGACUACAAUACCGGCCAUGUCCUUAUUCACUUUAUGACCACCGGCAGGUAUCAAUGCCUGAAGCCACAGGGAGAGACUAUUAUGAUGAGCAAAACUGCCCACGCACUAAGUGCCCCCGCUGCAGACAAGGUCGACCUUUCGCUGUUGUGGGCCGCCAGGAAUGGAAGCGAGGCCAUGGUCAAGAUGCUCCUCGAUACGGGCAAGGUCGACCAUGAUGCGAAAGAUUACAUUGGCUGGACGCCGCUGUUGUUGGCCGCCAGGAAUGGAAGCGAGGCCGUGGUCAAGAUGCUCCUCGAUACGGGCAAGGUCGACCUUGAUGCGAAAGACAAGAGCGGCCGGACGCCACUGUCGUUGGCCGCCAGGAAUGGACAUGAGGCCGUGGUCAAGAUGCUCCUCGAUACGGGCAAGGUCGACCUUGAUGCGAAAGACACAGAGUAUGGCCAGACGCCGCUGUCGUGGGCCGCCGAGAAUGGACACAAGGCCGUAGUCAAGAUACUCCUCGAUACGGGCAAGGUCGACCAUGAUGCGAAAGAUUACAUUGGCUGGACGCCGCUGUCGUUGGCCGCCAGGAAUGGAAGCGAGGCCGUGGUCAAGAUGCUCCUCGAUACGGGCAAGGUCGACCAUGAUGCGAAAGACAAGAGCGGCCGGACGCCACUGUCGUGGGCCGCCGAGAAUGGACACGAGGCCGUGGUCAAUAUGCUCGUCGAUACGGGCAAGGUCGACCAUGAUGCGAAAGACAAGAGCGGCCGGACGCCACUGUCGUGGGCCGCCGAGAAUGGACACGAGGCCGUGGUCAAUAUGCUCCUCGAUACGGGCAAGGUCGACCAUGAUGCGAAAGAUUACAUUGGCUGGACGCCACUGUCGUUGGCCGCCAGGAAUGGACACGAGGCCGUGGUCAAGAUGCUCCUCGACACGGGCAAGGUCGACGUUGAUGCGAAAGAUGUAGAGUAUGAUCGGACGCCGCUGUCGUGGGCCGCCGAGAAUGGACAUGAGGCCGUAGUCAAGAUGCUCGUCGAUACGGGCAAGGUCGACCAUGAUGCGAAAGACAAGAGCGGCCGGACGCCACUGUCGUUGGCCGCCAGGAAUGGACACGAGGUCGUGGUCAAGAUGCUCCUCGACACGGGCAAGGUCGACCUUGAUGCAUAA